CUCUUUUCUGCCGCGAGCACCGCUGCUGCUGGGCCUCUGGACCGAGGGAUCUGCCGCUCUUACGCCGGCCCCCAGCGCUUUCCCCAGCGCCCAUCCUCCGGCGGCCCCACCACCCGACCCCUCGGGGCUCCCGAUCCCGUGGUCCUGGUGCCCAUGGCGGCCCCCGGUGGCGCCCGGCGGCAGCCGCUGCUCCUGCUGUUACUCGCAGGCCUUGUGUAUGGUGCAUCAGCAGUGUUCUUUGAGGUGAAGGAUGGCAACGGGACAACUUGUAUAAUGGCCAACUUCUCUGCUGACUUCUUGACCAGCUAUAAUACCCAGAGUGGCUCUAAGAAUUCGACCUUCAAACUGCCACCUAAUGCAGAAGCAUUAAAUAGCAGCUCCUGUGGUAAAGAGAAUGCUUCUAACCCCAGUCUCAUCAUUGCUUUUGGAAACGGACAUACACUGACCCUCAACUUCACGAGAAAUACUACACGUUACAGUGUCCAGAUGAUGCGUUUUGUUUAUAACUUGUCAGACACACAGGUUUUCCCCAAUGCAAGCUCCCAGGGACCCAAGACUGCAGAAUCCAUACCUGACAUCACGGCAGACAUAAAUAAAAAAUACAGAUGUGUGAGCAGCAACCAGAUCCACAUGAAUAAUGUCACUGUCACGUUCAUUGAUGCCACCAUCCAGGCAUACCUUUCAAAUGAUAACUUCAGCAAGGAAGAGACGCACUGUAUCCAAGAUGAACCUUCUCCAACAAUGUCACCAACAUCUGCCCACCCCUCAUCAUCCCCUCCCCACCCUUCACCAACAUCUGCCCACCCCUCGUCAUCCCCUCCCCACCCUUCUCCUCCCCACCCUACCCCUCCUCACCCUUCACCAACCCCUCCCCACCCUUCACCGUCCCCAGUGCCUGAGAGCCCCUCAGUGCACAAGUACAACGUGAGUGGUACCAACGGAACCUGUCUGCUUGCCAACAUGGGGCUGCAGCUAAAUGUCACCUACAAGAAGAAGGACGACAAGACUGUGACCAGAGUAUUCAACAUUAACCCAAACAACACCAAAGUUGGUGGGAGCUGCACUACCCAGCAGGUGACCCUAGAGCUCCAGAGUGAGACCAGCACUUUCCUAGCCUUCCAGUUUGGAAAGAAUGCGAGUUCCAGCCGUUUUUUCCUGAAAGAAAUCCAGUUGAACAUGACUCUUCCUGACGCCAAAGUGCCCACCUUCCAGGCCUCCAAUAGCUCGCUGAGAGCACUUCAGGCCACUGUGGGGAAUUCCUACAAGUGCAACGCCGAGGAGCACAUUUGGGUCACAGAGGCCUUUUCUGUCAACAUUUUCAAAGUGUGGGUCCAGGCUUUCCAGGUAGAAGGUGACAAGUUUGGGUCUGUGGAAGAAUGUCAGCUGGAUGAGAAUAACAUGCUGAUCCCCAUCGCCGUGGGCGGUGCCCUGGCAGGGCUGGUCCUCAUCGUCCUCAUCGCCUACCUCAUCGGCAGGAAGAGGAGCCAUGCUGGCUACCAGACGAUUUAGCCCGGCCGCAGACCAGCAGAAGCUGCAGGGCUCUCUGUUCAUUUCCCUGAGCUUAGGUUGAUGUUGAGGGAGGCACACUUUAUUGCAAACUGAUUUUCAGAUCUGCUUUAUCCAAUGUGAAGUUCAUCUUGCAACAUUUACUAUGCACAAAGAGUAACUAUUGCAAUGACGGUGUUAAUUUUGCUAACGGGGUUAAAUAUUUUGCUAACUGGUUAAACGUUAAUAUUUACCAAAGUAGAUCUUUAAAGGGGGGAGGGUAAGAGUGCUUUUUUAAAUGGGCACUGGCUCCACUAUCAUUUGACUUUUUAAGGUUCUGGUGUUUAGUUUCUCUUCAUUCUUGAUUCAGAUAUAAGCCUUACAAAGGGAGGUUCUCUGGUCUUAACACUUACAACUGAUGAAGGCUGGCUAACUGUUAGACUGACACAGUUCAUAAAUUAGUAGACAGAAGUACUUCAGAAGAGGAAACUCUGGAAUGCUUAAAUUAAGCUUUAGAAGCCAAGACAGGCCUGGCCCCCACAGGCUGCAUAGCUGAGCAUUAAAGCGAUUGGUCUUUCCAUGCUCUGUCACUCAAGAGCUGGCACUUUUUUAACUAGAAAAAUGGGUGUUAUUUUUACUUACUUUUUUUUUUUUUUUUUUUUUUUUGUAAAGUGAUUUUCAAUCUUCUGUUUGAGGUUCAGGGUGAUCCUGUGUCUGCACUUGUGUACAAUAAUCGGUUCCACUCUCUGAUUUAUCCGCUUGCAGCUCGGGUGGGCUGUGCACUGAGGAUCCCUUCAUUUAUUGCAUUGCUGUAACAAUGCUAAUAAAAUGUCUCUUUCUUU